AUGACCGAUUUAGAUGAUGAACAACGUGUAUUAAUUCCUAAUCCUUUACGUGAAUUAACCUUACAUUGUAUAUAUAAAGGUAUUCAACUGGGAUCUACGAUUGCAGUUUUGGCAGCAACACCAUAUCAGUUAUAUAAAUCAAGAAAAACUCUUUCAUUUCGUCCAAUUAUUAGUCGUAUAGGUACAGCAACUAUAUAUGGUGCUGCAACUGGUGCUGUUCUUAGUGUUGCGAUGAUGCAUGCUAUAUUAUAUAAACAACAAUAUAAUGAAUAUAAAAUAUGGGAUCGAUCAUAUCGUCUUCGAUAUUCUGAAAGUCAAAACCGAGUCGAUCGAUUUACAUUAUCAUCUUCCAUUGUUGGUGGAUUAGCAGGAUUAAUUAUUGGUUUACCAUCAAAGCUAAGUCCAAUAUCAGCAUGUAAAGGAGCACUGAUCAGCAUUCCAUUUGGAAUACUAGCUCAUUUAGCUAUCAAACCUGUACAAAAGCCAUCUGUCAAGACAAUUGAGAAAUAA